AUGGAGACUGUCACACAUAUGACAGCUUUAGGCGGUUUUGCGGAUAAAUCAUCCAGACUCAAGGGCAUGAAGGAGCACCGCUUGAGAUUUAAGCGUUUGGAAGUCCCUGUUGCCCCAGUGGCCUUCAGGCUUGAAACGACCGAGGAGCAUGCUGACAAGACUGCUGGCAGGGCUGGCUUCCGCUUGAAAGCAUCAGGUCAGAAGCACCAUCGUCAAAAUGUCCAGAAUGAGACCGUCGAAGAGCCACAACUUCUAAUUGAAAACAUGCCUUUGAAGGAAUGGGUUCUCACGCGGCCAAUGAAGCAACGACAGAAAUUCAUGAACAACGACGAUGGUGGAUAUGGCAGCAAUCGCGAAACUCUGUGGCAUUUGGCCUGCAGAUAUCGAAAUGUGCCUCUUGCGAAGCAGCUUCUCGAACACAGUGCUCAUUACGCAGAGACAGGAACUGGAGAAACACCCUUGGAUCUUGUUGGCAGUGGAGAUAGCACGCGUGAAGACGUCCUUGACCUCCAUCAGGCUUGA